AUGCAGGCUUCGUUCCCGCUCAGCGUCGUGUACGAGUCCGACCAGAACACGCACAUCGCCACCACGCAGACGACCUACCAGGUACAUGGAUGCACGAGUGCAUGCGGUGUCCUUCUCUUGCCAUGCGCACACAAUGUUCGCUCGCCCCCUCCGUGUGUGUGUGUGUGUGUGCAGACCCCGCUGCAGGUGCCGCCUGACAAGCGCUGCCCCGUCAUCAAUAUGGUAAGGGCAUCAUCAGUGUGCCUCCACACACACACACACACAGACACACAUAUCUGUCAGCGUGUGCUGGGCUUCGUCCCAUUCAACGACGGCUUUGGGGAGGGCUACUUCGUGGUGGGGGAGGCGCGGCGGCUGCCACGGGGCAGCUGGGACCUCACCCAGCUCGCCGAGAAGGUGCAGGAGGCCCGCGACCUCACAGGCCAGCUGCCACUCCCACAGCAGUACCGGAUUGUCGUCAAGUCGGAGGAGCAGUGGUACCGCGUCGAGAAGGACAAGGACUGGGCGGAGUACGACCCUCUGCGCGCCCUGGAAGCCAUCCACGAGCCACCAGGUACACAUGCUCGAUACCCUAGAGAAUGUAUGCAUCUCACUCUGUGCAAUGUCUCUUCUGUCUGUCUGUCUGUCUGUCUCCUUUCAUGGACUGGUGCAGCCAUGCCCCAUGCCAAGAGGGAGCUCGUCGAUUCGGCCACUGAUGCCUUCUACGACGAGGCGGCAUUCCACGGCCUGGACGCCAUCGUCCGCCCGAGCCCCCACCCGGACGCCGUCAGCCUGUAUGCGGGCCCAUUCGACGGCGGCAAGGACGGCCACUUCCACAUCCACGACGAGGCGAGACGGCGCGGCCAUGGGUGGGACUUCCGCAACCUCAAGAAGCGAGUCGACAACUGCGGGGGCAAGCCCGACCCGCACCACUACGGCUACGUGAUCAUGGAUCACAUUCGGGUACUCAAAGGCUUGUCCGCGAUUAGAAGGUGCAUAGAAAGAACGCCUACACAUCGGCAACACCCAUGCCACUAUGCCGCUCUGUGUGUCUGUGUGUCUGUGUGUGUGUGUGUGUGUGGUGUGCGUGUGUGCUUGCAGCAUGCAGAAGAGUGGGGGUGGUGCCCGUACACGACGCAGACACUGAGGGACACAUGCACCACAUGCUGCGGGGCAGGGGAUGGUAGGGGAUGCGAUGGCAGCGAGGAAGGGCAGGAUGCCUGCACGGGGCCUGCAUCGCUGCCUGCAUUUUAUAUUUCCAUGUCUCUCUCACUGGAACACCUGCGGAACACGUUUAUGUCUCGAUGUAGGCACAGGCUCAGUGCGGCUGAGUGCCCCAGACAAUCGUUGCCUACAUUUUAUAUCGUUAGUGUGUCUGUUCCCUCAGUCAGGCCCCGCAAAGGACACAUGAGUGUGUUAUAGUUAUGGGAACUCGUUACCAUGCCGUUCAUGUGUGUGGGCGGAGAGGUCGCGGAGGGCCGCGAGUCAUGCUGGCUCGAAGCGCCCGCUCACCAAAAAGCACAAGGCAGCCGCCAAAGGUGAGACACACACCACACACGGCUCCUUUAUCUGCAUGUGGACGUGUAGGCGUGUCUUUCCACCCGUCAGGUAAAGCCAAGGCCAAGACACGCAGCAAGAAACGAUGGCGGCGAUCAGCCCAUGCGAAGUGA